GAAGGAAAUUUAAGCAGGAAGUCAUUUACAUACAGGGCGCGAGUUUCAAACGUGUUGGCAGUGGAUGAGGAGACUAUUUGGUGAGUAUAUUUAUCACGAACUGGCGGUUUCACUCAGACUAACUAACAUUUAAGCCUCACGUGGGCCCGCAUGACUCAGUUUGUGUAAAGGUUGUUUAGCUUUUGGUUCGGCUAAGUGAAAUAAAUACCAGGGCCUCGGGACUUUAAAUGUUAUUUUCGGUGUUAUUAAUCAUCCCGGAAAGGUAUCAUUCAGUACCGGUAACGGUUCAUAAUCUUGCCUAGACACUUGCCAAAGAAUAAGCAAGUAAUCUGACUGGAAUUAAGACAUCAGAUAUUAGACUGGAACACAUCUUGAAAACAAGUUAUUAAAAAGAAGGAAAAUUUAAAUUUUAUUUUAUUUUCUGGAUAAAACCUCAAGUUUAUGUUGCCAAAAUCUGCUUAACUCUGGAAUACUAUCACUAAAAUUAGUAACACCAUCACUAUCGCCAGGUGAUUUUUGUCCGAAAUAAUAUACCCAAGAAAAAGUACUUGUCAUCAAAAUAUAUCAAAAUAGGACAAUACAUGACAAAUUAAAGUAGUUUUCUUCCAUUUUCAACUGUGCAAUGUCCAAAUAGAGGGGGGGGGAGGAGUGCCAUGAGGGGAGACAGACCCAAAAUAUGGCAUAUUUUGAGUGACCAGCUGACUAAAAUAUUUCCUAUCACCAUAUAAAUUCCCUUGAAAAUCACUACUUUGUGAUAGUUACUCAUAACCACUGUGCUAAAUAAGGAUAGCAUGCAAGAACUCUCAAUUAAUGUCCCCAAACACAGGCCCAAGCAUGACAACAGUGUUUGAAGGGAUCAGCCAGCAGCUGGACUUCUCCAGCUGUGGAGAGGAGGGAAACAGCAGCGACAACAGCUCUGAUGACUGCAUCUUCAGGAUCCAGAGCCCCAGGAUCCGCAGUCCUGCCUCUGUGUGCAGGACGCCCAGAGUGCAACGACACCGGAGCAGAAGCAUCACCAUAUCCUCCCCGAGUCAUUGCACAAGCCCCAUACCCUACGCUUCCUGGAAAAAACUGAGGCUGUGUGACUCUCCAAGCACGCCAAAGGUGGGUUGUGGAGAAGAUUUUUUUGAACCAGAUAAUAAAUGAUCAUCUUUAAAAUGUGGGGCUAAACAGGUUAAACCAGAAGUCACAAGCUUAAAUUUCAAAUUCCGCAUAAAGGUAGACCAAAACAACCUUCUGCUAUUUCUGAGGAAUAGUGUAAAGAUUUGACUGCUUCCUAUCCUAUCAAGAGGCUUUAAAUCUAGUUAAGACGCCUAUCGCAGGCAGACUUGGCUUCUGCGUUGCCUUUGUUCCAUUCUUUGAUAAAAGUCACAGAUAAUUAAUAUCUGUGUUGCCAGGUUGUAAGGACAGACGGGGUAUCAGCUGAAGUAAAACUCACCUGCAUCGCUUCCCUUUGUCUUCUGAGAUUAAUCUGAAGAACCUUUACUUGUUCUCACUGCUCUCAAUGGUUUCAGACAGCCUUACAUUACUAAAUUGUGUUGCUUUUGAUUAUUUGGUCCCAUACUACAAGUAAUCUAAACGCACAUUUUAAAAAUUAAGUAACAUGCACAUCCUAAUUAAAGGGUAGGUGUGUAGUCACAAAAAAAAUGAGCUCAAACCUGGAAAUCCCUCCACAAUGAUAUACAACAUACAGACUCUGUGGACAGUUUAAAAGGCAGUGAAAAUUAAAGUAGUCUUGCCCCUUGCUUUGAAAUAACUGCUGCUAUUUGAUCAACUCUUGUGCAUUUUUAUAACUUUCAUUAAUUCCUUUGUUUGUAUAACCUUUUGCAUAUAGACCCUCAUGUAUUCCUAUUCUUGCCUGUUUGUUUGAAAUUUGAUUUGUUGAUUUUCUGGUGCAUUAAAUGGAAGUAAACCUCUCUCCCUGCAUGGUUGCUAUGUCUAAAUAGUUUAUCAUCCUUGUUUUUGUUGUUGUUAUUCCUUUAUCUCCCUAACUGCAUUUCUGUUUCCCUCCUGUAGAGCCUGCUCUCUAAAGCAUCCCAGCCUUGCUCCAGCACCAAGAUUGGUCAACAUCGGAGAUCUUUGCGUUUUAUCUCGGCUUCUACCAACCUUGUCCAGGCUCCUUCUGUAAACGUGAAUCCUUUCACCCCUGAGACAGUCCGCAGGGACAGCGAGCUGCAGUGGAGGACCAGCUUCAGGUUUGAUGACGAUGACGAUUAUGGACGUAGGUAAUGUCAGUUUUAUGAUGUAUCAUAAAUCUGGAUGAUUGUAAGAUGUGAUUGUAAGAUGUAAGCACCACAAGUGGGGGUUUUGUCUUCAUAAUAUUGCAGUAUGUAGCCUGAAUUAAAUGUUCUUCAGCAUGAAAUUGCAAAGAAUCUGGGGACUUCAUCAUCUACAGUGAUAAAUAUUAUUAAAAGACCCAGAGACUGCAGAAAUCACAAUAAAAAGGGAUAAUACCAAAAACCAAUACCAAAAUAGUUAUGAUCUCUUGGCCCCAGGUGGCACUGUAUUACAGGCAUGACUCUGUAGUGGAAACCACCGCAUAGGCAUAGAAUUAUUUCUGAAAGCCAUUGCUUUGUGAGCACUGUGCAUUGCUGCAUUCUUAAAUGCAGAGAGAAACUGUAUCAUGCAAGAUAGAAAUUAUACAAACAUGAUCUGAAUACAGAUGGCUUUCUCUCAACUUGAACCAAUUUCAAAUAAACUGAUGUGAAAGAAAAACUGUUGUGGUAAAAAUCGAUGUGAAAAUUAUUUUGGAAACCAUGGAUGCUGGUUCCUCUUCUCCAGUGAUGAGAGGAACAAUGAGCGCACAGUUCAAAACCCAGCAUCCCUGGUGGUAUGGGGAUCAUUAGAGUCCAUGUCAUGGGUAUCUUCCACAUCUGUGAAGGCUCCAUAAAUGCUGAACAAUAUCUACAGGUUUAGGAGCAACAUAUGCUACCAGUCAGACAAAGACUUCUCAGUUAUUGUUAUGUCUUGCUACAUUCAACAACAAGAAACCACAUUUUGUACUACCGCUCUAUGACUACUACAAGGCUCUGUAGUGGAAGAGUCCUGCUGCUAAACUGGCCAAUUUAUCACCCUUUGAAAACAUUUAGCACAUCACGACACAAAAAAAGGGGCAAAGGAGACCUUGACUGUUGAGAUAGUGAAAUCCUGUAUAGAGGACAACAUUGAUGUAAAACUCCAGAAACUGGUCCCCUGAGUCCACAAAUGUACACCAUAUCAUAAAAAGAAAAGGUGGUGCAAAAAGAUGGUAAUCAUGUCUCUGUCCCAACUUUUUAAAAACAUGUUGCUGGCAUCAGAUUUUAUAAUGAGCAGAUCUCCUCUUGACAUGUUGAAUUUCCAGAAAAUAUGGGGUUUAAACGAUUGACAAACCAUCUGUUCUUAUCAUUUUACACUGUGUAAAAUGUACCUCUAAAUCCAUCCCGAGUUUCUUUGUGAGCUUUUUAAUCACUCUUCAGUGUACAUGUGUGAAAACUUCAAAUAUGUCUUUCUCUUUUGAGCGCCCUCACUCACAGACCUGACUUUAAUGAUAGGGUUUGGUUUAGUGUGCAAUAAGGUCUGAGGCCCUUUUUUUUCUAUCUCUGGCAGGUUAAAACACAGUUUAACGUCAUCUGAAGAGGAUGAUGAAGCCUUCCUCCCACCAAAGGUAGGCAUCAGCUAUUUUUAUCGGUGCUUUCUGAUGGCUGUAACCCUCCCUUUCAGAUAUCUCUGAUGCAGUUUCAUCAUCAGGCUUUGUCAUCUUCAGCCGCCUCCUCACUUGUUGUUAUGUCCAAAAUUACAUGCUGCCAACUCUACUUCUGGGAUAUCUCUAAGGAAUCUCCGGCAAAGAGCUCCGUCAGAAGCCUCACUAAACGCUUACCACGUGGAAGUGUUACCAUAUUUGGUGAAGCAAUAAAGCAAAACAAAGCCUGGAUCUCCUGGCUGUGAUCAAACUCCAGACUGAGCCCUAUGACGUAUAUGCCUCCUUUUGGGCAUUAAUUUGAAUUUUCACCAUAAGGCCCUCUGUGUCUUUCUCUGUCAGAGACGAGCUGUCCAGGCCCUCAUGCUGUCGCGCUAUGAGAGCGAGUUCCUGGAGCUGGAGUGCAUUGGUGUGGGCGAGUUUGGGGCAGUUUACAAAUGUGUGAAGAGGCUGGACGGCUGCUUGUACGCCAUUAAACGCUCCCGCCGCCCCCUGGCGGGCUCUUCCAAUGAGUGAGUCAGCUCUUUGCCAGAAACAGGUCCACCUAUGUUCCCUUUUUUAUGUCAUUCAUGAUGUCCUAAAACUGAUAUCCUCUCAGGCAGCUGGCGCUAAAGGAAGUGUACGCACAUGCUGUUCUCGGACACCACCCACAUGUUGUUCGCUAUUAUUCAGCAUGGGCAGAAGAUCAUCACAUGAUUAUUCAGAAUGAAUACUGUGAUGGUAGGUUUUUCUCUCCUGGCAGUAAAAGCACAUUAUAGUCUGUCUUUUAUUACAUUCUGAGAUGAUAAGAUUGAAUUUUUAAGUUUUGAUUACGUCAACAUUUGUGUGUCAGGUGGGAGUCUCAAUGAUGCCAUCCUCAAAAAGGAGACUCAGGGUGAGCUGUUUUCAGAGGCUGAGCUCAAAGAUCUGCUCUUACAGGUGUCAAUGGGCCUCAAGUACAUCCACGGUUCAGGCCUUGUACACCUGGACAUCAAACCAAGUACGUCACAUUCAGAGGUUUGCAUCUGUUCAUAGUAAAAAAUGUAGUCAUUAAAGCACUCCAGUAUAUUAUCUCUGCUCAUGAGCACAAGGGAUGAUUUUAACAAGCCUCGAGGCGAGCCUUUGUUUAAAUCCAGACAUUUAUACAUUGCACUGUUUGGCACACUUUCUGGCAGCACAAACAACAUACUCAUCUCUCCCAUCACUCAGUGUGGUGUGAAUUUCCUUUAGACUCAAUGAUGAAUUUGUUGGAGAUGGUAACAUUGAUCGGUUGUGUUCACAUUACGCUCUGGUUGACCAGUAAUCCGCCAGUAUGAGGGUCACCUUUUUACUGUCUUUCUGAGACAGAAGUUAAAGUUAAGCUAAGUUUCGUGUCAUUCUUGAUAAAUCAAUGAAUAGGUGUUUUCCUGCUGCUUUUGGUGACCCAACUUUACAGCCUGGGGUGGCAUGACUGGAGCACUAAUAUAGAUGGGGAACUGUACUGCAGUUUAUAGCCUUCUGUCCUUGACUGUUUUAUUUUACAUUUAUAAAACAAUAAUCCAAAGGUGCAAUUCAUCUUAGAGUCUUUUUUUUCUGAAAAAGUGCAAAAAUGUAAAUUACAAGGUUUUGUAAUGAUCUGGGAAUAUCCCUUACCUAUGUACAUUAUGAAAAAAUAGGGUAGUAUAUUGAAUAUCAAAUACUUCAUGAUAUUAUGGCCCAAAGAAUCAAAAUUGAGCUGAGCUGUGAGGUUUCUUCAUGUUACCCCACCCUAUCUGUUUAUAUUGCUUCAGUCUGAAUGUAAAGGCUCCUGUGCAUAAAUAUCUACCUUGUGUCAAAUCUUUGUAGGCAAUAUAUUUAUCUGCAAGCGCUCUGGCACAAGUGCAGCAGGAGAAGGAGAGAGUGAAGAGGAAGAUGAUGGAAGCGCUUCAGCUGCAGUCAUUUACAAAAUAGGUAUUUGAUGUUAAUGUGUUGAAAAUUUUCAGCCUUUUGCAAACAUUAUUUUUUUUUAAUUUGUCCUCGUUGGAAAUGUCUCCGGAGCUCUGUCCAGCUGCUGUUACAUAUACUUAUUAGGUGCCAUGCACUGUUUUAACAACAGCCCAAUAUUACAUUAAAGCAGCAUGUUGCCGUCCUCCCGUCACAUAUUUUACUCACUGAGAUACUGCCCCAUCCUUUUGUUCAGUAAAUUACAAUUUUCUUUCCUGCAGGGGACCUGGGUCAUGUCACGUCUACAAACAGUCCUCAGGUUGAGGAAGGGGACAGUCGCUUUUUAGCCAGUGAGGUCCUGCAGGAGGUAAAAACAUUGCAUACCCAUUAGAAGUCCUCUCUCUUUGCUUUAUUUGAAAGAAACGAGGCUGCAUGAUGUUUUGUUUUCUGCAGGAUUACAGCCAGCUCCCCAAAGCAGACAUCUUUGCUCUGGGCCUCACGAUGCUGCUGGCAGCAGGUGCUCCCCCUCUGCCCCAAAAUGGAGACGCAUGGCACAGCCUGAGACAGGGGCAACUUCCUGAACUGCCACAGGAGCUAUCACCUCCCUUUAAAAGCCUACUUCAGGUACCCUGAUCUCUCGGAUGAUUAAGUAUUUUUAAUGUUCGUAUUUUAAAGAGCCAAACCCAACAGGAUAGUUGCAUCCUUCUUUUGUGUCAGUCUUUGCUGGAUCCAGAUCUGACAAAGCGGCCCACUGCCAAGGAGCUGUGCAAGCACACAGUCCUGAGGGAGGAGAGGACCGGGAGGUUGGCUGCUCAAUUACGCAGAGAGCUCAACGUGGAGAAGUUCAGAACCGCGAUGCUUGAAAAGUAAGGCAGAAACAAACUUGUUCUGGGUUUCAGGUAACUUCACUCCUGCUUAUCAAACAAGUAACUGAUCCCAUAAAACUUAAUUAAACCUGGAGGAAAAUGAUCUGCCAGAUUGCUUCAACGCUUUGGAACAAACUGCUUAUUCUAACUUUCAGUGCUCAUACCAGUUUAGAGCAUUCACUUAUUGCCAUUUUCUUCACAGGGAGCUUCAGGAGGCCCGUCUGGCAGCCUUGUCACCCAAGCAGAACCUCUCUGCAAGGCUGAAAUCCACUACAGAGCUAAGUUCUCUACCCAGAGCAGGGAGGAGGCUUGUGGGAAGGAAGACUGCGCGCUCCAUGAGUUUUGGUUGCUGAGAAUGUGGAGUCUAAUGGAGUGAGAGGCCUGUGUGCCAUUUCUUGGCUCUGAUGCAAUGAGACUGCAAUCGGGAUUCGGUCAAAAUGCAGCAUGUGUGAAGCAGAGCAGGUUGUACAAAGUUAUGUCUAAAGUGACUGAAAUAUCUGGAUGGAAAAUUUAAAUGAGUCUUCUGAGUGGAUGUAUUUUUUGCAGUGGAUUUGAUGCAGCGUUCCUAAGGGAAGCUUUGACAGCAGUAGUUUUGAAGAACUAACCUUUUACACUUUAGGUGAUUAUGACACUUGCAUGCGAAUGUAACUAACCGAGUUUGUUUUUAGACUGUAAAUAAACCUUUUUAAAGCUUUUUAUCA